UAGAAUCGUAGGAUUUUCUUCGUCAUUAUUUAAUUUUCAUCUGGAUACACAAUUGUACGCACCGAUAAUUUUAUUGCUGUCUUUCGGGUGAAUAAUUUUGAGAUUCAUAAUUAAAUUAUGAAGCUGUAUUCAGUAUCGGAUGGCCCACCAUCUCUAGCUUGCAGGCAAGCUCUGAAAGCUUUGAACAUAGAUUAUGAACUCAUAGAUGUCGAUUUUGGGGAAGGAGAGCACAUGACUGAGGAGUAUGCUAAGUUGAACCCACAGAAAGAAAUUCCCGUUCUCGUAGAUGAUGAUGUUGUAAUGGGAGAGAGUAAUGCUAUUCUACAAUAUCUGGGUGAUGCGUACGACAAAUCUGGCUCUUUAUAUCCAAAAGAUCCCAAAGCUCGUGCAGUAGUCAAUCAUCGACUUUGUUUCAAUUUGGCUAUGUACUAUCGCAAUAUUUCGGAAUAUGUGAUGGCACCUAUUUUUUUUGAUUAUGAGCGCACACCUCUGGGAUUAAAAAAAGUCAAAAUGUCUUUAGACGUUUUUGAAACUUAUCUGAAACAAUCAAAAUCCUCAUAUGCUGCUGGAAAUGCCUUGACAAUCGCCGAUUUCCCUUUAAUUACGGCCACCAUGUGUCUGGAGGCAAUAGACUUUAAAUUAGGAUCAUGGGCUUUGGUAGAAAAGUGGUAUAAUAAUUUUAAGACAAAGUAUCCCGAUUUAUGGGAAAUAGCUGCCGGUGGAAUGAGCGAAAUCUCUCAGUUUGAAAAGAACCCACCAGAUCUCUCUCACAUGGAUCACCCAAUUCAUCCAAUAAGAAAAACGAAGAAAUAGUUUUCUUAAUUUAAAAAAUAAAUCAAAUUUGUUACAAAAAUAUUUAGGAUGCCAGCAGAUUCCUACCUUACCGACUUGAGUUUCUAGAAUGUUCUAGAAACUUAGCACGGGCACGAAUCACUUUAUCUGUAGAAGUUUCUGGAAAUUUUGGCUCGAAAAUAUCAAUUGAGUUCGUCUUUUUAUUACAGAAUAAACACUUUUGAUACCAUCAA